GUAGCCUCCAGACUUAUGUUGGAAGAAGUAAUCACCUUCUGCAAAGCUCAUUCCGCAUCCUCUACGCAGGAUAUUCGAUUUGUUGUUUACCAGCAAGAUCGAGCAUUAACUGCCGCUUUCAAACAAGAGAUGGACAAAUUAAGAGUCGAGCAAAACGUACACAAGAAGUUAAAAAAGACUCCCGUGCUUAUUGAAGUGGCUCAUGGUGACCUUUUCCAGGAGAAAACAGACGCCAUUGUAAAUAUUGUCAGCAAAGACUUGGAUAUGGAUAGAGGAAUGGUGAGCAAAACGAUGGAGAUGUUGGGCGGUCAGCGGAUACAGGAUGAGUUGAAUAAGUUCCGACAGCAACCGUGUGGGUCAGCGGUGAUGACCGCUAGUGGAAAGCUACCAUCACGUCACAUUAUACACCUUAUAUCCGACUCAGCAAAUGAAAGCCACCUCCAGCAGUGCCUGGAAAGUUGUUUUCGACUUGCAGAAACACAUGGUCUUGGCUCCGUUUCCAUCCCCGCAGUUGGGACUGGUGGAUUCCAAAUGUCUACUACAGAAUCCGCUAACGUGAUAUACCGAGCUCUUAACAACUUCUGCGGUAGUUUUAACUCUGUCCACACAGUAAGGAUUAUUAUCUUUCAAGUCCAAAUGAUGCAGGCAUUUCAGCAAUUUCAGCAUAAUUCAAAGAAAGUCGUAACCCAGUGCAUCGCAUUAGAUGGUCGCUUUAAAGUCAACGUGCUUAACUGUGUAGAUAUUUGUGUCGCGGGCAAAAAGCCAAACGUCACAGAUGCUAUUGAAUUCCUGAAGAAAAGUUUCACCGGGGCUUUGACAACAGAAAAGGUGGAAAGCGACGUGGUUAGUCAACUCUCCCAUGAGAAGAUUGAGACUCUGAGAAGAAAAGCCGAUGCCCGUGACUUGAAACUUAAAGUCGGAGAUACCGCUACUCGUAUCUUAGUUCAGGGUGAAUCUACAGAAGUGAACAAGAUGGUCGUGGAGAUCAUGAAAGAGUUGGACAAGAUUAAAAAGAAAAAACAGGACCAAGAGCAAGCGCAUCUGAUAUCAAAAAGUGUGGAAUGGGGCUACGAAAUAAAAGGCAUUAAAAUGGUUUUCAAUCAGAGAUCGAACGCCAUGAUUGAAACGGCGCAUAAUAAAGGAAAGUCAGAAAUAAAGAUAUCUCUGUCAGGAGAGCAAUUCCUGAUAGAUUUGAAGAAAAAUAUUGGACGCGGACAACAGUCAGGAGAUCAGAUAACUCUGACGAGAAAGAUAAAAGGAUUUCCCCUACCAACGCACUGGACACCAAUGCCCCGACCUGAUAUGAUUGUGCACACAGAGGUGCUGUUACCAGACUCUUCUGAAUACAAAAAUGUCAAGCACAUGAUUGAUGCGACCGCUAAAGGAUUGAGUAUUCAGAAGAUUGAACGAGUGCAAAAUCCUCAUCUGUGGCAAGCUUACAUGGCGAGGAAACAGAAAAUUGAGCCGGACUGUGGAGGUAAUAGCGAACGACAACUGUUUCAUGGGACGAAUGCUAUAAACGUCAGCCAUAUAAACGCACAGGGAUUUAACCGAAGCUUCUGUGGAGUCCACGGUAAGUAUUCCAAUUUGAAAGCCUAUGGUGAUGACGUACCCUUGAGUUAACAUGCGCUAAUUAAUUAAAAAGAAUUUUCACUCGUGCAAACGCGGUAACAAUCUUACGAAAAGGCCUAU